AGGUUCGUGUCUCGAUUCUGCAAUCUGUCUCUCGAUAUCUCCCUACAUUUCUUUUGUCCGAUCCUUAACUGAUUUUCGUUUUCCUGAGACAGAUUUCUAGUGUGAAGAAUCAUUUCGAGCCAUGUCUCCGGCUAAAGUCUCUUCCUUUGACCAAAACAUUGAAGAAGCUCAUUCAGUGAGUAGUCCAAGACGAGUUUUAAGCUUCUCGAAGAGAAAUAAGCAAAAGCCUGGUUUCCAAGAUACAGACAGUAGAAGGUCAUCUUCAUUUAGAGCAUCAGAAGUGCAUGGACCUAAACCCUCAGAGGUGUACGGUUUCGUAGGAUCGAUAUCGACUGUUGUUGCCACAGUCAUCUUCUUGGUAUGGGCAUAUGUUCCAGAUAAGUUGUUGGAGUCUAUAGGAAUCCAUUACUACCCUAGUAGGUAUUGGGUAUUGGCUAUGCCAACGUAUUUGAUGGUGACUCUGAUGUUAGCUUUGGCUUUUUACAUUGGUCUCAACUUCAUCGCCACUCCACCCCCAACCUCUCUCAAUACCUUGUUUGGUGAGUGCCCGCACCGCUCUUUAAUUUCCUCUCAUCUGAUGUUAUUGGAGAUAUGAGAAAUUGUUUCCUAAAAAUCUGUUUUCUCAAGUAAGUGCUCGCUGUGUCAUUACAAUAGCUAGAGCUAGAAUGCUUCGAAAUGUUGGAUCUGCAGGGCGUGGUUUUGGGAGUUUGCUUAGGAUGAUAAUUCUAGUUAUGUUUGUUUGUUUGGUAUGGCAGAUGAGUACAGUAGAGAACCUGGUGAAUUUGCUGCUGGGAUGGAGGAAGGUGAAGACAGGCCUAUAGAUCCAAUCUCUGACAUUGAUAUUACAAGAAUAAAUGAUCUUAUGUUCAAUUCAAGUGAUUAAAAUUUCAAAUUCUCUAGAGGUAGUAACCAUAUUGACUAAGCCAUUACUCUCAUUAGUAAAUGGAUUCAGGUUUUAGUGACUAGUAGAGUGAUCACGUGUAAAAGGAGAUUGUGAUUAAUGAUUAUCUCCAGUCCAGUGAUGGAUCCUGCACUAUCUUUCUUCUUAUAUGUCAACCAUUACCAGUAGAAAUCAUCAAGAGAAACUCAAGUUUGGUAAUUGACCCGUAAAACAUGAUUAUAUAAAAAC